AAAAAUGAAUUAUUUAUGUCUAGUAAUUGCAAGUAAUAAUUAGGUGUUUAAGAUGCAAUAUGUGGUUUUUUACAAUAUUAUCAUACGUAGCAAUAUUAAUACAAAUAUGUUUCGUAACUAUCGCCAUAGCUGCAGGUCUUUAUUAUCUAGCAGAGCUUGUAGAAGAAUAUACAGUGGUUAGUAAGAAAAUUAUAACUUCCAUGAACACAGCUACAUUGAUAUUAUAUCUGUGCUUAUGGGUCUUUGAGGAUCUUCCUAAAAGUAUGGUAUUGUGUGGGAUAUUAGCUCAAUUAUCACAUUUUGUGAUACUAAAAGACUUUCCCUAUGUAUCCUUUUUAGCGCCAGGGUUUUUAAGUAGCAUAUUGUUUUUAAUAGUUAAUCAUUAUAUGGCAUUUUCAUAUUUUGCUGAAGUAAAUCAUCCAAUUUCUGAGGUAUUAGCAUACUUCACAAUUUGUCUAUGGUUAGUCCCAUUUGCUCUAUUCAUAUCUCUUUCGGCAAAUGAUUACGUUUUGCCAACUAUGGCUGACCACCAAGAACAAGACGUCAUUACAAACUACUUUAGCAAAAAGAACAAAAAAUAUGGACUUUUGACUUUAUUCAAUUAUACAAAAGACACCAUUUUUACCCAAAAAAGCAAAAAAGGGUUUUAAAAUUGGUAUCAGAACAGCUAUAAGUAUUUACUAUAAUUUAAUUUAUAACUUUCCAAGGAAGUACAAUAACGAAACUUUUGGUUGAUUAAAAAAAUUAACU